CUCUCAGGCGGCGCCAUUUUGUGCUCAGAGAAGCUACAGCCGCCGGCGGUGUGUGGAAUAGGUGGCAGAGACGGGAAACCCGGGAUGGCGGAGACUCUGGCAGGGUCCGGUGACUCGGGUUCUGGCACAGCCGCUGUCGUCUCGGGCGCCUCAGAGGUCGGGACGCGGCGGCUCAGUGACUUGCGGGUGAUCGAUUUGCGGGCGGAGCUGAAGAAGCGGAACCUGGACACGGGCGGCAACAAGAGCGUCCUGAUGGAGCGGCUCAAGAAGGCGGUUAAGGAAGAAGGUCAAGAUCCUGAUGAAAUUGGCGUCGCGUUGGAAGCCACAAGCAAGAGGACGACAAAGAAAUGCGUUAAAGGACAAAAGACGGAGGAGGAAGGCACAGAAGACAAUGGCCUGGAAGAAGAUUCCAGAGACGGGCAGGAGGACAUGGAAGCAAGUUUGGAGAGUUUGCAGAAUAUUGACAUGAUGGACGUUAACGUGUUAGAAGAAACCGAAGUCGAGAAUAGCGGUGCUCCAGACUUCGGGGAGGAUGGCGCUGACAGCAUUCUCGAGUCCCUAUGCGAGAGCAAAGACUACGUGGCUGUGCAGCUGAGGGAGCUCCCAGCUCAGUUCACAGGACACUCUGUAGACGGGGAGGGCUUUGAGAACACUUUGGAUGCUUCAUCAUUGGACUUCAAAGUGCCUCCGGAUAUUGAAGAACCUCUAUUGGAGCCAGAAAAUGAGAAAAUACUCGACAUUUUGGGGGAAACUUGUAAAUCUGAGCCAGUAAAAGAAGAAGGUUCCGAGCUGGAGCAGCCAUUUGCACAGGAAACAAGUAGCGUGGGGCCAGACAGAAAGCUUGCGGAGGAAGAGGACCUUUUUGACAGCGCCCAUCCGGAGGAGGGUGAUUUAGAUUUGGCCAGCGAGUCAACAGCACAAGCUCAGUCGAGCAAGGCAGACACCCUGUUAGCGGUAGUGAAAAGGGAGCCCGUGGAGCAGACAGGCGAUGGCGAGAGGACGGACUGUGAGCCUGUAGGGCUAGAGAAGCCAGUUGAGCAGAGUAGUAAAGCCUCAGAGCACACGGAAGCCUGUAGCGAGGAGGCCUCGGAAGCGCCCCCGGAAGCCUCAAGCCCAGACCCCAGGGAUAGCAAAGAAGACGUGAAGAAGUUUGCUUUUGAAGCUUGUAAUGAAGUCCCUCCGGCUCCUAAAGAGUCCUCAGCCAGUGAGGGCGCUGAUCAGAAAAUGAGCUCUUUUAAGGAAGAAAAAGAUAUAAAGCCAAUCAUUAAAGAUGAAAAAGGUCGAAUCAGCAGUAGUUCUGGAAGGAAUCUGUGGGUCAGUGGACUGUCUUCCACAACUCGAGCGACAGAUCUGAAGAACCUUUUCAGCAAAUACGGAAAGGUUGUUGGAGCCAAAGUGGUGACCAAUGCCCGCAGUCCCGGGGCCCGAUGCUACGGGUUUGUUACCAUGUCAACGUCCGAUGAGGCCACAAAGUGUAUCAGCCAUCUCCACAGAACUGAGCUUCAUGGAAGAAUGAUCUCUGUUGAGAAGGCCAAAAACGAACCUGCUGGGAAAAAGCUGUCUGACAGAAAAGAAUGUGAAGUGAAGAAGGAAAAAUUGUCUAAUGUUGACAGACAUCAUUCUGUGGAGAUCAAAGUUGAAAAAACUGUAAUUAAGAAGGAAGAGAAGAUGGAGAAGAAGGAGGAAAGAAAACCUGAAAACAUUAAAAAGGAAGAAAAAGAUGAAGAUGAGCUGAAACCAGGAGCAGCCAAUCGGUCCCGAGUCACCAGAUCAGGAAGCAGAGGCAUGGAACGAACAGUUGUGAUGGAUAAAUCGAAAGGGGAGCCUGUCAUUAGUGUGAAAACCACAAGCAGGUCAAAGGAGAGAAGCUCAAAGAGUCAGGAUCGCAAAUCGGAAAGCAAAGAGAAGAGAGACAUCUUGUCCUUUGACAAAAUCAAAGAGCAAAGGGAACGAGAGCGCCAGAGGCAGCGGGAACGGGAAAUCCGAGAGACAGAGAGGCGGCGAGAGCGUGAGCAGCGUGAGAGGGAGCAGCGCCUCGACGCCCUCCACGAGGGGAAGGAGAAGGCUCGGCUGCAGCGGGAGCGCCUGCAGCUCGAGCGCCAGCGGCAGCGGUUGGAGCGGGAGCGGCUGGAACGGGAGCGGCUGGAACGGGAGCGCGAGCGCGUGGAGCGGGAGCGCCGGAAGGAGCAGGAGCGCAUCCAGCGGGAGCGCGAGGAGCUGCGGCACCAGCAGGAGCAGUUGCGCUACGAGCAGGAGCGCCGGUCGGUGCUCAGGAGGCCCUACGACGUUGGGCGGCGAGAUGACGCCUAUUGGCCAGAGGGAAAGCGCAUGGCCAUGGAGGACAGAUAUCGCCCAGACUUCCCUCGGCCCGAUCACCGUUUCCACGACUUUGACCACCGUGACCGGGGCCAGUACCAGGAGCACGUGGCUGACAGGAGGGAAGGUUCAAGGUCAGUGAUGGGAGAGCGAGAUGGGCAGCACUACUCAGACGAUCGCCAUGGCCACGGAGGACCACCAGAGCGCCAUGGCCGCGACUCCCGAGACGGCUGGGGUGGCUACGGCUCCGACAAGAGAAUGAGCGAGGGCCGGGGGCUGCCUCCUCCCCCCAGAGGUGGCCGUGACUGGGCGGAGCACAGCCAGAGGCUGGAGGAGCAUCAGGAGCGCGCCUGGCCGGGCACAGUGGAUGCGGGCACGGCGGGCCGGGAGCACUUGCGGUGGCAAGGUGGUGAGAGGGGCCUGCCUGGGCCCUCGGGGCCAGGGCAUGUGGCAAGUCGGGGUGGAAUAUCGGGCUGUGUGUGUGUCUCAGUGAUGACAGAGCAGAGAGCAGUGUCAGCCCUCGGCGGCACCGCUUUUGUUUGGGUAGCAGAGGCCGGCUCGUGUUCCUGAAUUCUCACAGCUCUCAAUGAAGUGGGGCUGUGCACCUCCCCAUCUUACAGGUGAGGAAAUAGCUGCGGGGUCAGAUCAUUUGUCCGAGAGCUUGUAGGUGGCAGAGCUGGGAUGGGAAUUAGGAAUUCUUCCCUGAGGGGAGGUGUGUGUGCGCAUCGGGGGGCCCUGGGACCAGCACUUCACCUCUUCUGCUGGGGUGCCUGGGGGUGUCCAUGCAGUGGUGGUGUGCGUUUUGGGGGCCUGGCUGAGGGCUGGGGAUGGGGCAGACCCUGCCUGGUGUGAGCCCAGCUAUAUCCCAUCCGCCCGUUUUUCUGGAAAUGCAAAUUCAUAGGUGAAAUCUCAUUUGUGAUUAUAAGCAGCAGCAAUCUUCUUCAUUAAAGACCCCUGUGUGGCCAGAGGGGCCAUCUCUGUUCCUCUGGAAGGAUCGUGGCUGCCCACGCACAGCUGAUGUCGGGACACGGAAUGGGUGACUGCAGGCUUGUUGGGGCAGAAGCCAUGAAUGAGGUGGCCUGGUGGCCACAAGACUGAUCUGGGACCUGCGCAGGGCCUGGGGUCAAGAGGGACGCUGGUUUCCCGCGAAUCUCAGCCCUGGACCGGCGUGGUCUGGAUUGGCGUGUGAAGAGUUAACCCAUGUGCCGCCUGCUGGCAACCUGAUUCCCUCCCUCCCCUCCGUAACUAGGACAGCCACCCCACAGGCCCCGGAACAAUUGCCAAUUCUCCUGGAGUUCCCUGUGUUCCUGCUGGGGUGUUUAGUUUGAAAAGAGCAAUCUGAAAACCCUGCCCAGCUUGCCGAGGAAGCCGGCCCUCGAGUCCUGUCUGCUUGAAUUGCCCAAAUAAACACCUCAUGCGCUUCCUUCA